GGCUCGUAUUCGGUUCUAAAAGUAAAGAUCGACAUCCCAUGACGAAGAUGCAUCCUUCUAUAAUCUAUUUCUAUAAUGUUACCUGGCAUGGCAUGGCAUGGCAUGGCACGGCCCCAGGUCAGUCACAUUCACGUAUAAUCCCAACCCAUGCAGACAGCAUCAUUGGAUGCUGCCCCCAGCUAGUCGAUUGCGUUUCCACGUUCCUCCGGGAAGUAGGUGUAAGCAGAGGUCAGGAGGGAGGGGGAUAUAAGGAUGUCUGACACUCCCCUCCUCCCUUCCUCCGUUCCUUCUUCAUCUUUCUCUUCCUCCCUCUUCAUCUUCCUCUCCCUCAUUAUGUCCAUUCUCCCUUAAACACUCAUCUGACAAUCAACAUGAACACCCUCUCAAUCCAAACCCACACCAUCACCACCCCAACCAAACACAUCCCCUCCACUCCACCUCACGAAACCCUCCCAACCAGCCAAUCCUACCCCCCAGACACAGACACCACCUACAUAUGUCUGGAAAUUCCCCUCCCCAGUACCCAGAGCCAAUUCCCCUCCGUGGCCAGAGUAUGUGAUGCCUGGCGUGUGGUGGCGGCUCUCCGCCCCGUUCUUCGGAUGGCAAUCCAGUCCGAGUCAACCCUAGCGGUCUGGCGCACCCCCGAAGACUCUCGGUUCGGGGUCCCCGAAAUCCACGAGAGGAACUGUCCGGCGCGAUGUUUUCUCGUGGGCACGGAAAAAGAACCCAAGGUGUAUAUCACCAUUCUGAAGGCGUUGGUGGAUCUCACCUCGCUGGAUGUGGUGAGACGGGACUUUUUGGCUUUCUAUCUUUCUGGCCUUAUGGAGCCGAAUAGAGAUCGGUUGGUGAUUAGGAAUGGUCUCGGGGCUGGGAGGGAUGGGUUGGCUGCGGGUGAGUAUUGGAAAAAGGUACUCGGUGGGGCGCCUACGGCUCCGUUGAGGACUUUUUCUCUGUUGGAAGGGGAGCAGGAGGUCGCGGCGACGAGGGAGAUUUCGAAGGAGAGGUUUGGGCAGGUUGUGGAGUAUGCUGAUAGACUUGGGGUGUCUGUUCAGACUGUCAUGUAUUGUGCGUGGUCGGUUGUGUUGAAAUGGCACACGGAUACUAGUCAGGACGCGGUCAUUUUCACGGUGGCUGGACGGGAGCCAUCACUGCGUGAAGGAGAUCCGGCGGUUGGUCCGUUUGACCAGGUUUAUCCUCUGUGUUUGCAGGUUCGGGAUGACAGUACCAUUGAGCAGUGGGUUACUGCGGUGGACAAGUCGGAAAGAGAGGCGGCACAGCAUGCCUUCAUCGGCAACGACAAGAUCAUGCAGCAGGCCCCUAAUCUCUCUGUCCAGACUGGACUGUUCUUUCUCGAUCCUUCGCUGGUGGAGACGUUCACCCCCAAUCCACAGAAACGUCAUGUGACCGUGGCUAUUAGUCUUCAGGAUGGUCUGACUAUACGAAUCCUCGGUGCAGCCCAAGUACCAAGUGCCAAAGCUGCCAUCCUGCUCGAUCAUUUUGUGACUGCGAUGGAGUAUAUCACUUCGAAUCCCUCCAAGCAUCUUGGCGACCUCAAUAUGAUUUCCGAGCUUGAGAAGCGCCAGCUGAUUCAAUGGGCCGAGCCGCUGACUGACCCUGUUGACGGACUCGUGCAUCGGCUUGUUGAACGCCAGGUCACUGUGACGCCGGACGCGCCCGCUCUGCAGUUCGAGAAUGAUCCAGCCCUCACAUAUGACCAGCUGAACCGACUUGCAAACCAACUAGCCCGCCAGCUACCCUGCGGCCGGGGCGAUUACAUCCCCGUGAACAUGCGACGCUCCGCCGGCUUGGUCGUUGUGCUACUGGCAAUCCUCAAAGCCGGAGCAGCAUACGUGACCAUGGACCCUGAUGUCCCUCUCGAGCGCAACCAGUUCAUCGUGGAUGAUGUUGCGGCCAAGUUCGUCGUGACUGAUGCUGGCCUGGCGGGAACACUGUCCCGGCGGAGUAUCACAUACGAGGAACUCAUUGAGAACGCCCCCGCGUACGAGGACAGCAAUCCUUUGAUCCCUCAGGAAGCCACCGAUGUGGUGUAUGUAAUCUAUACUUCAGGAUCAACAGGAAAGCCAAAAGGUGUACUUCUCGAACACCGAGCAGCAGUCAGCGGGCUGGCCGCAUUCCCCAAUAUCCCCGACUUGCGCCAACUACUGUUCCAUAACCCCGUGUUCUCCGCUGCACAACGGUCCAUCUGGUCAACGCUAAAACAAGGUGGUUGUCUCUGUGUUGCCAGUAAAAGCAACUUGACGGUGUUCAUCGGUGACACCAUCAACCAAAUGCGCAUCAACACGAUCGAUGUCACCCCGUCCACGGCCUUGCUGAUCAAGCCCGGCACCGUCCCCUGUUUGCGUCGGAUGACCGUCGCAGGAGAGUUAAUCAACCCCGCUCUGGUCCCAGCCUGGGUGCACCGUCUGGAGCUUCUGAAUGCCUACGGACUGAGCGAAAACACCCAGUUCAACUGGAGAAACGUCAUCCGGCCGGACCAGAACCCGCAAAAUAUCGGGCGGCCAUCCGACACGACGCGGGCGUAUGUAUUAAUGCCUGGAUCCACCAAGCUGGCGCCGUUGCUCGUUCCUGGUGAGCUGUGUCUCGGAGGAAAUCAGUUGGCCAGGUACUAUCUCAACCGCCCGGAGAAAACAGCAGAAGCGUUUAUUCCAAACCCGUUCGGACCGGGUCGUCUGUAUCGCACUGGAGACAUGGUCGUGAUGCACGAGGACGGAUCCGUGGAGAUGAUCGGGCGUAUUGACUUCCAAAUCAAGGUCAACGACCAACGAGUCGAGCCUGGGGAAGCCAAUUCCAUCAUGCAGCUGCAUCCCGGGGUGCGCGAGUGCUGGGUGGUUCCGGCGGCCCUGGCGAACAAAAAAGCCUUGGUUGGUACGGUUGUCCCGGUUGAUGGGCAAGACUGGAACACCUUGCUGGCCGACCUGCGAUCCCAGCUACAGAAGGCGCUGCCGUUGUAUAUGUGCCCUACGUACUGGGUGCCGAUGGAGAAAUUGCCGCUUAACGUCAACGGCAAAGUGGACGUCCCGGUGCUGAAGAGAAAGGUGGAGGCCAUGAGCGUGGAGGAGCUCCUCCGGACAUCUGGCGCGCUGGAGACAGACGCCUGGGGAGUUCAGUCAAAAGAAGCAGACGGACUUCGGGAGAUCUUUGCCGAGGUUCUCAAGCUGAGUUUGGUUACACUCACGCCAUCCACCAGUCUGACCGCCAUGGGUGGCUCCUCGAUGGAUGCCAUCUUGAUAUCUUCUCGCGCCCGAAACAUCGGGCUGAAGCUGGCGGUGCCUGCUCUUCUCAGCGGCCGAACAAUCGUCGAGCUGGCCGGUCAGGUCACAGCUGAUAGCCGAGAGGAGAUUGUCUCUGUUCCCAACAAUUUUGCUCUGGUGCCCGAGGGGGUCUCAAUUGACUCGUCCGACAUCGAAGACAUCCUCCCGGCGACGCCCCUGCAGGCAGGCCUGAUCGUCGAUUCGAUGCUGGAACGCGGACACUACAUGUACCAUCAGGCAUACGCUCUUGGAGAGGUCAGCGUACAAUUAUUCCAGGACGCAUUCCAGAAAGUCGUCAAUGCCACCCCGAUUCUGCGAACCAGAUUCAGGGGCCACGGGGCUUCAUUCUUACAGAUCGUCCACAAGUCAAUGUCUGUACCAUGGGAAACGAGCUCCACGAGUGCAGACGACUUUAUCGUGACCGACAGGACAUCCAAGGGUACUUUCACCGAAUCAACACCCCUCAUACGCGCCGCAGCCGUCAAAGGAAACCAAGUCGUUAUCGCCAUCCAUCAUGCUCUCUACGACCAUUGGUCAUCGGCUUUCAUCCUCCACGACGUUCUUGAGAUCCUGAACGGUCAGCCCGCGGCAAUUAGACCAAGGUUCAAACUCUUCAUCCAGUACCUCCUGCGCAGAGACGUCAGCGACAUGGCGCGCUUCUGGAAAAAGUAUCUCCACCAGUCUGAAAUGACUGAAGUCGCUCCCGCACCUGGGGCCACGGGUCUGUAUGAAACGGUAGACCUGAACUUCAACGUUGACGAGAUGAGCAAGCUUAUCGGCGUCAGACCCGCCUCGCUACUCUAUGCAGCCUGGGCGAUUACACUCUCCUCCUCGGUUGGCGUCCAGGAUGUGACCUUCCUAGUCAGUCUGUCCGGCAGAGAUGUCCCCAUCGCGGGCAUCGAAAAAAUGGCCGGACCGACGCUGACAACCGGUAUUAUGCGUGUGGAGGUUGACUCGGAGGUAACCCUCCGGGAUUUCGCUGAAAAGGUGCAGAAAGACAUCUGGGAAGUCUCGAGCCAUGGGAACUGGAGUAUCAAUGACAUGUUGCGUGCGGCUGAACUCACCACAAAGACUCCCAAUACACUGGUGAACAUUCUCACGCAGCCAGCAGACAACAGCACCCAACAGAAAAUAAAGUCCGUUCCGGUGCCCCUUGCUCCGAGUAAUGGCCUGCUCACGCUGGAGAUGGACGCAGUAAGCCCAAACCACAUACGGAUGAUGUCCACUGGGGGGUAUAUGAAUGCGACUACUAUUUUGAAGAAGUGUCAACAGAUCUUCCGCUCUUUCACUGAGCCAGACACUCGCGUAUCCGACGUGGUAGCCAGAACCGAGGGAAUUGACGCGGAAUCAUCGUCCCCGGCCUCGGAUAGCCUGCUGAUGACACCGAGGACGGAGAAGAACGAGGACGAGGCUUUCCAAUGCAUUCGUCUGGAUGAAGAUUGUGCUCCAUCGACAAAUAGCUCCAAGGAACAUUUGCUCCAUCAUCGGUUCGAGGAGCUGGCGCGGUCAAACGGAGAGCGUAUUGCUCUGCAAUGGGAGCUUUCUCGAACUGUCUCGUAUGCAGAGCUUGACGCCACAUCCGCUCGGGUCGCAUCCCAGCUUCGGUCACGCGGUGUUCAGACUGGCGAUACAGUAGUGAUGCUCCUGGAAAAGUCCAUUGAAGCUGUGGUCAUCUUCCUCGCCAUCUUGAAAGCUGGCGCUGUUUAUGUGCCGCUGGCUGUCGAGAAUCCCAUCGAAAGAAACCAGUUCAUUAUUCAACAUGUCGAUGCUGCUGUGAUUCUGACCCAUGAUACUUUCAUUGACCAGUACGAGGGCAAGGGACGUGAAGUAGUCACAUAUGACAGUCUUCUUCAUCCUAGUACCAACGGCAGCCUCACCCUUCCUACGGAUAUCCGCCCCGAGAGUCUGGCGUACAUCAUCUAUACCUCCGGGAGCACCGGGGAGCCCAAAGGCGUCCAAAUCACACAUGCUGCCGCCUCUGCAGCCGUCGGCAGCAUGAUGCAGGCGGAAGGCCGUCACCGGGGAAAAGAGCAGUGGAGAGCUUUGCAGUUCGCCAACUAUGCGUUUGAUGCCUCCAUCCAAGACCUGGCCAACACUCUCAGUUCGGGUGGAUGUCUCUGUAUGGCGCCGCCUGAUCGUCUCCUGUCUGAUCUGACUGGCAUGAUUCGAGAGGUCGGCGCUACCUGUGCGAUCCUCACCCCGACGGUGGCCGACACCCUACAACCUGAAGAAGUUCCCACCCUUCAAACCCUCAUUCUCGGAGGAGAGCCUCUCACGGAUGCCUUGAUUGCAAGGUGGGCGCCUACUAGGACGCUGCUGAACGUAUACGGACCCACUGAGACGAGCAUGGUCAUCACAACCAAACGCGUCUCCCCCACCACGGAUCAUCGCAACAUCGGUGCGCCUCUUGCGACCGUGGCUGCCGUGGUGGUCAAUCCUGAAACCAAUGUCCCGGUUCCAGAUGGUGAAAUCGGCGAGCUAUGCGUUGCCGGUCCGCAGGUGUCUGCGGGUUAUGCCAAACGGGAUGAUUUGACCGCCAAAGCCUUUGUCACGAGCAUUCUUCCAGACUCGUCUCUUAUGUACAAGACAGGAGACUUUGUUCGGUGGAUUCCAGGUGGAGAACUUGAGUACCAUGGCCGGGUGGACCAACAGGUUAAGGUUGCCGGUCACCGCAUUGAACUUGGGGAAAUUGAAGCGGUCAUUCAAAAUUCCGACAAAACGGUUCAAUCGGUUGUUCUUGUGCUGAAUGUGUCCGGCGUCUCGCAACUGGCCGCCUGUGUGAUCAUCGAGCCUGGUGAUGAUGAUGGCUUUGAGGCCCCUGAGGUUCGCCAACAAGAACUCCAAGAAAUCUGGCAGGGACUGCAUGGGUUGGCUUAUUACAUGCUCCCGAGAUAUGUGUUCCCCAUGCGCCGGUUCCCCCGUCUUGUAUCUCAGAAGGUUGAUCGAAAACGUUUGAAGCUCGAGGCUGAGGCCCUCGAUCCCGUCGUCCUCCGGAGUUAUCUGGUCAACGCCCCGAAAGUCCAGAUCAGCGAGGAAGCGGGCGAGCCACCGUCGACCGAGCAGGAAAUUGCCAUUGCCACGGCAUGGGCCUCCAUCCUGCGUACGAACCUACGCAGCGUGCGGAGACAUUCAACAUUCAUUGCUCUGGGUGGCGAUUCCAUCUCCGCCAUCAACAUGGUGAAUCUGGUCCGACAAUCCGGAUGGGCCAUCAGCGUUGGGAACGUUCUCAACCAUCGGACGCUUCGAGAGGUGGCCGAAGCCGCAGAGCCCACCACGACUAAUGCAGUCGACAUCGACGACAUAUCAAGGUACAAGGCCCCCGAGACCGCACUGCAGCAGUGGAAAUCCACCAACCCGGCAGUGGAAGUCGACCACUGGUACCCAGUCCCUCCGGGUCAAGCCGAGUUCCUAGAGCAAGGGGCGCGCGAGGAACAGUUCUGGGUGUUGAUGGUGGUCCGGCCACUCCCAGAGACCCAGAACAUAUCCAACUGGAUCUCCGGCGUUAUCCAGCUCACCCGCGAGAGUGACAUCCUGCGGUCAACCUUUAUCAAGACCCCCGAAAACGGCUGGGUAGCAGCUGUGCUACGGCACGCAGACCCAGUAUUUCACUUCAUCGACUGCACCCGCGAUGAGCGACAACACGUCGUGGACGAGAUCUGGCAGAAACGGUUCAGAUUCGGCGAGCCGUUCGUCCACUAUUCAAUCCUCAGCUACCCAGACGGCAUCAGGGAGGUAGUAGUAAAGAUGGACCACGGACUCUGGGACGGCACCUCCCUCCGUCUGUUCGACGAACACAUCGCGGCCAUUCUCUCCGGAGAGAAGUCUCCCCAUCGCGAGCCCUUUCACCGUUUCGCAAUGCACCAAUUCCGCGCCAACAAAGCACGAACCCUCCCAUUCUGGCUCUCCAUGCUUCCCUCCCCGGACAGACACUGGCCAUCUGUCCCCAGUCCCAAAAUCUCGAAAGCAAUCACAGACGCCGUGCCGAUAUCGCAGGACCGACUGUCCGCUCUGGCCAAUACCUGCGGUGUUACCAUUCCCACUGUAUACCAAAGCGCAUUCCAGCUAUGGCUUGCAGCCGCCAACACCAACAACAACCUAACGGGCAUCGAAUCCGCAUAUGAUUACCUCCUCGCCGGCCGUAACGUCAGCCUCCCCAACCCCCAGGUCAUCAACGGCACCUGCGCCAAUUUCCUCCCGCUGCGUAUCACAUCUCCACUUCACACCACUGUCUCUGACUACAUCGCCCAAACGCAACAACUCUUCUGGGAGGCGUCCGGGAACGGCUGUGUCGGGCUAGAGGAGAUAUAUCGCGUGGCGGGGCGUGAUCGAUGGGAUCACGAGAAGGGCGGUAAUCAGGUCAUGUUCCUUUUCCAGCCGUUUGAACCCCGUCCUCAGUCUGACAGCGAUCAGAUAAUGGACUAUGUAGUGUUGCCGAAGAGCCAAGUGACGAUGUUUCAACCGUAUGCUUUGGUGGUGGAGUUUGCCAAGGCUGUCUCAGGACAUCGGGUCAAGGUGAUGUACGAUGAGAGGUACUUUGGAUUGGACGAGGUAAAGGGAAUCGAAGAGUGGAUAUUCGAAGCCGUGGAGCAGAUGUGUGAGAUUGGGGGAAAGGGGACGAUCGGAGAGGUUCUUGGAAGUGUGGAAUCAAGUAGCGUGGGAGGAAGAGUGCGGUGAAGCAAAGCAACAGAUACAAACAGUCAGCU